ACCCAGAAUUGUAGAUCCUCAAGAUAUUGAACAAAUACAAAAAAUUGAUGAUCAAUGGCGGAUGUAUUGCCAGUCAGAACCAAAUUUCAGUGAUGAAAUAAAGGAUGAAACAUCAAUCGAUAAAUACUGGUACAAAAUCUCCCAAAUUCACGACAUGUCUGAUGUUUACGUAUUUAAAGAAUUGGGAAAUUUUGUAUUAGAUUUAUUAGUAAUUCCUCAUUCAAAUGCCGCAUGCGAAAGAAUGUUUUCAAAAGUAAAUUUAAUCAAAACAGAUGUCCGAAAUCGCUUGUACAGUGAUACAGUAAAUUCACUUUUAUUGGCAUCUCAAAGUGUAAAUCGUGAAUGUUAUAAGUUUAAUGUUACUCAAAAUAUGAUUAAUAGAAUAACGUCCUAUAAACAUGUCGCUCAAGAUGAAAAUGAAACUGUUGAUAUUCAUUUUGAACCGGAAUAAUGUUUUUUAUGUUUUCUAGUUAGAUAUAUCUUGUAGUAUUUUUCGAGAGUUUGUUUGAUUUCCCAAAUGUUCCUUUUUUUUAUGAGAUUUUUACAUUAAAGAACCUAUAUUAAUUAUGUGUAUUUUUUGUCUUAAAGGAACACUAUUUGUAACAUAAUUUUGAAGAAAAAUUGAUAAUUCUGGCAACAUCGUACCAUAAUUCCUUUACUGAUCUCUGUUUACUGGCCGUCAAGUAUAUUGAAUAUGUACUGGAUGAUUU